GCUUCCGUAGCUGAAGUAGCUCAUAGUGUAGACUUUUUUUUCCUCUUUUUUUUAAUGAAUUAAUAUUUUAUUGAUUUUGCGUUCGUGUUUUUUUUUUUUAGGCGAAAAUAGCUUCCGACGAAAAAAAAGAGCGUUAAAGAGAAAUGUCAUAGUUUUUUAAUGAACUGUCAAGACGAAUUGAACGCCUGUUAGCUUUUAGCCUGUUAGCUGCUAGCAUGUUAGCUUCUAGCCUGUUAGCUGCUACUGUGUCUUUACUUAAUGCUAAUUAUUCAGGUCUAUUAAGGUGAACGUUAACGUUAAAGAGCACGUUAUAUAUCAUUUAAAGUGCUGACAGAAGUAAGGAUUCGUGUUUUAAACGUUUGUUCGUUAUAUUUGAUAACAUUUGUCAGUAUAACGUUAGCCGAUAGUUCGAAGUAGGAAAUACGGUAACAGUGUCGACGUCCUGGACCACAAAUAACCGUGUUUAUUAUCCAGAAUAUUUAUGGAAAGGAUCUAAUGCACUUCAGAGAACCCUAGUGAUAUUAGUGGACAUGUCAGAAGGGUUUGUGAGUUGAGAGAUUAUCUGAAAACAACAAAAACAAGCAUGUCGUCUGUUCACGUCCGGGUCUGAUGAUCAUGAUCAUGAAGAUUACGGUGAUGGUUUAUGAUCUUAAAUAAGCCUGAUUCAUAUAGAUGAUUGUACACCGGAAGAGAACUGUGUCUAAAUCCGUGCAUUUGCGAGAAUACACUGAAUUUCAGCAGCAACAUGUCUGGAGAAAGCAGCUGCAGCAGCAGUAGUGAGGAUUCGGACAGAGAGACAAGAAAGAAAACGUGUACAGUUAAACAUGAGAUCACUAACGCGAAUCUCACAGGACACACUGAGAAAGUUGGCAUGGAGAACUUUGAACUUCUCAAAGUGCUCGGCACUGGAGCCUACGGAAAAGUGUUCCUGGUUCGGAAGAUCAGCGGCCACGAUGAAGGCAAACUUUACGCUAUGAAGGUUCUGAAGAAGGCAGCGAUUGUUCAGAAGGCGAAGACAGCUGAACACACCCGGACAGAGAGGCAGGUUCUUGAACACAUUCGUCAGUCGCCUUUCUUGGUCACGCUGCACUACGCCUUUCAGACCCAGACCAAACUCCACCUUAUACUGGAUUACGUGAGCGGAGGAGAGAUGUUCACUCACCUGUACCAGCGCGAUCACUUCUCUGAGGAUGAGGUGCGAAUCUAUGUGGGAGAGAUUGUGCUCGCACUAGAGCACUUGCACAAGCUUGGCAUCGUGUAUCGUGACAUUAAACUAGAGAACAUUCUGCUGGACAGUGAUGGUCAUGUCGUGCUCACGGAUUUUGGCCUGAGUAAGGAGUUUUUGGAGGAGGAGAAAGAGAGGACCUACUCAUUCUGUGGUACCAUUGAAUACAUGGCCCCAGAAAUCAUCAGAGGAAAGGCGGGCCAUGGCAAGUCAGUGGAUUGGUGGAGUUUGGGGAUUCUCAUGUUUGAGUUGUUGACUGGUGCAUCUCCUUUUACCUUGGAGGGUGAGAGGAACUCCCAGAGUGAGGUGUCCAAGCGUAUCUUACGCUGUGAGCCUCCUUUCCCCUCUAUAAUCGGGCCGGUGGCUCAGGACCUGAUCAGGAAACUUCUGGUAAAAGACCCACAUAAGAGACUGGGUUCUGGGCCCAGGGGAGCCGAGGACAUUAAGAGUCAUCCGUUCUUCAAGGGAAUGAAUUGGGUAGAUUUGGCAGCGAAGAAGGUUGCAAGUCCAUUCAAGCCAGAGCUGCGUAAUGAGCUGGAUGUGGGGAAUUUUGCUGAGGAGUUCACAGGCAUGGAUCCGGUCUAUUCUCCUGCUAGCACACCUCCCAGCACUGACCGUCUCUUCCAGGGCUAUUCAUUCGUAGCUCCAUCCAUCUUGUUCAACAAGAAUGCUGUGAUGGGAGAUUUCCUGGAUGCUCCCGUAAGCGUGGACCGACCUGGCUCUGCUACGGUUCAGCGCAGCGCCAUGUUAAAGGAGUCCCAGUUUUUCUUGCAUUACGAGCUGUGUCUUCAGGGACCGCCACUGGGCGAGGGCAGUUUCUCCGUCUGCAGGAAGUGCAGGCACAAGCAGAGUGGCCAGGAAUACGCUGUUAAAAUCGUCAGCCGCAGGAUGGAGUCCAUGACUCAGAGGGAGAUCGCAGCACUUAGACAGUGUGAAUCUCAUCCGAACAUAGUUACCCUUCACGAGGUCUACGCCGAUCAGUAUCACACGUAUAUGGUAAUGGAGCUGCUGCAUGGGGGCGAGCUCCUGGAGCGACUAAAGAGAAAGAAGCUGUUUGCUGAAGGGGAGGCCAGUCUACUGAUGAAGAGCCUGGUGUCCGCCGUCAGCUACAUGCACGAGGCUGGAGUCGUGCACCGAGACCUCAAGCCAGAGAACAUACUUUUUGCUGAUGAUGCUGAGGACUCAUUGCUGAAAGUGAUCGAUUUUGGGUUUGCACGCUUGUUCCCAACGGGCAGCGCUCCAUUGCAGACGCCAUGCUUCACACUGCAGUACGCCGCGCCGGAACUUUUUCACAACUCCGGAUAUGACAAGGCGUGUGACCUCUGGAGCCUUGGAGUCAUCCUGUACACCAUGCUCUCCGGACAAGUCCCGUUCCAGAGCGAGAAGAAAGGAAUGACCUCAUCGCAUGCUGCCGACAUCAUGCACAAGAUUAAAGAAGGGGACUUCUCAUUGGAUGGCGAUGCUUGGAAAGGCGUGUCCGAGGAGGCCAAAGACCUAGUCAGAGGUCUGUUAACAGUGGACCCUGAGCUGCGACUCAAACUUUCGGAUCUGAAGGAGAACGCGUGGCUGCAAGGCGGAGGAGUUUCUUCUACUCCUCUCUGCACGCCCGACGUCCUGGAAUCUAGUGGCCCAACCGUCCGCACCUACGUCAAUGCCACAUACAAGGCGUUUAACAGAGGCAAGCGAGAAGGUUUCUUCCUGAAGAGUGUAGACAACGCACCGCUGGCCAAACGCCGCAAGCUGAAGAUGACCAGCACAGGCGUCGAAACUCGACGCAGCUCUUCAUCGUCAUCUUCCUCAUCUUCUUCCUCGGCUUCUCACGCCAAGACCCAGAUCCCGGACGACGACCCGAAACUGUGACCUUCACCGAAGAUCCGACACCUCAGAUUAGAUUUGCCGUUUUUAUGCUAUCCUGAUGACUACAUGUGGAAACGGAGGUCGAUGAAGAAAAGCAUUAACCGAACGAGUUUGAAUUAGAGGGAUGAAGCAGGACAGGUGUGAAGCUUCUAGACCAGAUCCAUCACUGGAGAGUCAUUUAACUGAACGUGGCGGCUUAAAAACUCAUAGUGUGUGUGAAAUUAUAAGGGGCCAUCAGUGGCACGAUCAAACAGCGGCUCAAUGAAGCCAUGUAAAGGCUAAUUGGCUCACGGAGAGUCUUUAUUUUUAGUGGAUUCUGACGUCCGAAGUUUUAAUUCGACGUGAGCUUUUUUGAUUUGAUUGAAUGUACACAAAAGUUACCUUGUGCAUUGGCACGCGAGACGUUUUUAGUAGAGUUUUAGCAAGAAAUCUUAUUUUUCAAAAGGGAAAACUUUGAUCUAACAAGGCUAGGAUGUCAGGACAGAAAAGCCAUAUGGGAUAGAAGGGAAUGAUUUUAGAUUUAUUAUUAUAUAACAAAAAAAUAUCAUAUUUGUCACUGUACAGAUUCACAUCCACAGAGAACGGUUUUAUACGAAUAUAUACUGUAUACAUUAGGAUGAAUCGUGACUGUCACUGUACAAGAAUGUGCUAAAUGGCAAUAUAUGCAUGACGUUAUUUAUUUUUUAAAAAGCUGAAUCACGUGAGCUAAAAGAUAAGCAACUUGAAAUUGUCACCAACUCGUUAAAAAGCCUUGCGUUCUGAACCUCAGAACCGCUAAAAGCUGGAUCGGUGCUACAUCACGUAAACAGAAGAGUAUGAUUUGAAGAUUAAGAUGUGGCCGUGCCGUUACAGGUGCAAUAGGUAGAAAGACUUGAAUAAUACUUUUACUUCCAGUUUACUUACUUGUUUUUUUUCUUUUUGUUUUUUUUUAAAUAGACCGUGAUCGUUUUUUUGUGCUUGGUUUGUGUAUCGUCUGUAGUAUUUGUUACACCUUCGUAGCAUUUUUACUGGACUCUUUAAUGAAAAGGGAGCAAAACUCCUACUUAUUGCACCUCUGCAGUCUGUUAUCUUAGUGAUUUGUGUGUGUACUCGCAUGCCGACUCGAUGGAUUCCUCAAAAGCGAUUUAAUCCCCCUUCCUUUUAACGUGUACUUGAACAAAAAAAAAAAAAAAAAAUCCACCAUCUUUUCUUCUUCGCAAAAAUCUGGCUGCUCUGCCUUCCUCCGAAUUUUUUUUAAAGGGCUUCAGCACACUUGCGUCUGAAGUGUGUGUUCUCUAACACUGUGUGAGACAGAGACAGUCUUUCACUCUUCACUCUUCACUUUUCACCCCCCCACCAACCACCAUCCCACGUCCUUGCUUUCCAGGAGCUGCUGGAAAGGACGAGUCUCACUUUCCCUGGAGUCUGGUGAUCUCUUAACAGCGUCUGGAGAGGCGCAGACCAAGAGACUCUGAACAGACAGACUGAAUAAUGGUAUAAAGAAAGGGCGUGAAGUCACCACGAACGCUCAUUAACCAUUCAUGAGGUUGGGAUUUGAUAGCGCUGUCUGUGUCAUGUUGUCUCGAAACGAAACGCAGCAUUCUUCUCAUUUUCAAUGCCAAAAAUAAUCCUGCGGCAAGGACACGCGUGUCAUCGUCACGACGCGAUGACAACUUUGUCAAACGCACUUGGCUUCGAAGGGCCCAAAUUGUCGUACAAAGCACUAGCACUCUGUCGUUUUUUGCCUCCAUGAAAAAAAAAAACGCCGUGAACAAAACACGGCUUGAUUUUUUUCCUCGCUGUUCUGACUGAUUUGAGCUUCUUGAUUUUCAGUGUUUUAAAUGUGAUGAUGCCAAACGAGUUCGAGUCUGCCGUAUUCAAGGACACUUUUCAACUCAACAGCUUUACUGAAGAACACACUGAUAACACACUUUAACGUGUUUUUGUUUUUUCUUCUUGUCUUUCUUCUUUUUUUUUUUUUUGGGAAUUUCAUUAAACCUUUCUACAUUUCUGAUUUCAUGAAGUAGAGGUUAAAAUCCGAUGACAUGUUUCCUGCUUUAAAAGAAAUAGCGGCUCACGUCUUUGAUAUUUAUUAUGUUUUAUUAUGCUUUUGUUAUUUUGAGUAAUGGCUACAGCUUCCUGCUCGCUUUCUUCGGGAUCUGUGUGGCUUCCGUGCGUCUAUUUUUAGUGAUGUACUUUUUUUUUUUUUUUGGCCGUACGGAACAUCCUGUUUUCUUCUCUCCGACGAGUCCUGCACACUGCACUAAAAACAAAAUAGUAUUUGUGGAAAUUAUGGAAAUAUUCAUUGGCUUUAGAUCACAAAAGUUUAUUUGUUGUAACAGAUGAUUUUAUUGUCUUCAGUUUCUCUUGUUAGUGUUUUGAGUCCUUUUUAUGUAUCUUAUGUUUUUAGUUCUGAAUUGCAUGUUUUCCUAUUUUACAUUUUUAUAGCAAUUGGUGUUCUGUCUUCUGAUAAUAAGGUUGUUUUUAUAAGAAAAGAGCAUUAUGAAACUGAAAUCAAAUACACUGUUGGAAGGCAACAUGCGAAACCCCUAAUCGAAAACACUGUUAAAUCUUUACCAUAAAAUAUAAAUCACUUCACUAUUCUUAAAUA